UGAAGCUGGAUGUCCGAAUGUCCUUUUUUCCCGUGAAAAUGACCAUGCCGUUCACAUUACUGUGUCUGAUGUAAAAUUGAUAAUUUCAUUUGAAUUCAACCAUGGCAAUUGUAACUUGUAUUUUUGUUAUUGGAGUUGCACUUACGGCAGUCUUUGGCAUGAACAACGAGCACAUGUUGUUUGUGAGGGUUGCAAACUUCACUAAUCUUCAGUCCCAGAAUUCCACGGUGCUGGGAUCUUCACCUGGUUGUCUAGAGGACUGUGCACUACAAUGCCUAUCUUCAUUGAAAUGUCUCUCUUUUCAACAUCGACCCAGCGACAAUGAAUGUGUUUUGUUUUCAACCUUGUCUUUUGGAACUAGCGUUACUACUGCAGGAAGCAACGAUGGCUGGGAGUAUUUCCGUGGUUCCGGGGAAAGAUGUCGUGUGGAGUUCAGUGACGUCAGAACCUUUAAUAUUUGCAUUUCCUUUGUGGGCAAUUAUGACGUGUCUGAAAGCCGUAAGCAGUGCUCUAAUAGAAACGCUAGUAUCAUCAACAUCAGAUCGGAAGAGGAAAAGGAACUUUUGAAAAGAUUGAUGGAAAGAUGUCGUGAGGAGUUCAGUGACGUCAGAACCUUGAAUAUUUGUAUUUCCUAUGUGGGCAAUUAUGAUGUGUUUGAAGGCCGUAAGCAGUGCUCCAGUAGAAACGCUAGUAUCAUCAACAUCAGAUCGGGCGAGGAACUGGAACUUUUGAAAAGAUUAAUGGUUUCCGUCCCUGAAGAAAAUCAAGGAAACAAGCCGUUCAUUCAAGGGCAGUGGAAUGGAUCGCACUGGGUAUUGGAUGAUGGCAAGCCGAUGGAGUACACGACGUUGCCUGUGAAGAACUUUGAUUCUGGAGACUGUUUAAAAUUAUAUCCUAAUGUCAAGCAGAUUGCAGUUAGCAAAUGUUCAAGACUAAGACCAAUAAUGUGUGCAUAUGAUAUAAUUUAAGCAAUGCAAGAUGUAACUGACGGUAAAACAAACUGAAAAAUAAAGAACGUUUGUGAUUGAAUGUACAGAAUUUCUUUGAAUAAGAGUGGAUCUGAAGCAAUAAAUUCUUGAAUAAGCAGAAAAUGAUGAUUCGUAAAUUAUUGUCUAUCCUGGCAG